UAAAAAAGCUAACAAAUACAAAUUAAAAUGUUUAAUAUUUAACUAUGGUGUGCAUCACUGCAACAAAUUUUAAGUUUUAAAUACAAAAAAACUGGAAAUUGAGUUGAAAAUGGGCAUUGACAUCAUCUUCAUUGUCACGAUGUGAAGGUGAAGCAAAAAGGCAGGAUGCAAGUGCAAAAUCAAGUUUAGUGCAUUAACAAAACUGAGCUUAACAAGAAGGCCUCUGGGAAGUCACAGGCAUCUGGGCAGUCACAGACGUCUGGGGAGUCACAGGCCUCUUGAGAGUUACAGGGCUCUUGGGAAUCACAGGUGUCUGUAUAGUCACAGGGCUCUUGGGAGCAAACAAAUCUCAAGAGAUGAGUGACAGGCCUCUGUAAAAUGGCUGGGUGCAGAGGGUGCAGAUAGACUAAUAUUUGCUGCUGGACUGAUAUGGGUAGCUAUAUCAGGGAGUGCAGCUGGAUUAGCCUGUGCAUCUGUAUCAGUUAGGCUUGUGUUUACAACCUUGGUUUGAACAUUUUCAACAUGAGUGUUGAGUGUGCAGCAGAGCCUGAGCAUGCAGCAGGAUGUGAGCGUGAUGCUUGAUAACACUCUGCAGCUUGGUUAGGGUGUGAAGCCUCAUUUCCCUUUGCAAACUGCACUAUAGGCAUGAAUUAGAUGAUCGCUGGGAGCUAGAUUGGAACCAGAAACAACGCUAGAGUCGGGAGGAAGUCUAAAACUGGGAGCAGGGCUAAAACAGAGCAAAACUGGAGCCCAGGGCUGAACUGGAAUUGGGGCAGGCUGACGAGACCCUCGGGAGCAUAGCAGGCUGGUAAGGUGGCCUCUGGAUCCUAACAGGCCUGCUGGAUUGCACGUGGAGCCGACCUGUCCAGCGGAGCAGCUUCCUGUGCAGACUGGCGAGACGGCCUCUGGGACGGGAUGCGUUAGCCGCAGGUGCAGCUCAUAAUGAGAGAUCAACGAGAAGCUCAGUAAAGAAUCUUUGCUUCUGUAUUUAGGGGUUUUCUCAGCUUUUCGCUUCGCCUUCCUGUCAGCUUCGUUGCUUUGGUUUUGUUUUGCACCCUGCUUUCCCACCUCGCCUUCACAUUGUGACCCUCAUUAACCCGUGACUGCCAUCAAGAUUAUACUUUCAGGGACUCUGACCCUGCAACUCUUCUCUGCUUGUGUGUGACAUGCCUCUGUACGCUGUUCCUUCUGUAUUGGUUCUGGGUUAGAAUAUGGUUUAUAUAUAUAUAUAUAUCAUAAUACAGCAUCUUUUAGUUUUCUAAGAAAUGUCUUAUUUAAUACACCUUGUUGAGACACACACGAUGUCUGUGUACACAGCUGAUACAUAUUAAUUAUGUUGUGCAUCCUGAGGCCUUUAUAGUUGUAAUGAUAGUGAAUGUAGUGAAAUGCAGACAUGAUACGGAGGUAAAACUGGACUGAAUUUCAGCCAAAUGUUAUUUAUAUGAUCUAUUAAGACAUUUGGACAUGAUACAGGAUGCAAAAGGUCAUUUUAAAUUGUCUUAAUUGGCACUAGAUUUUGAAUGUGUUAAGUAAUGGCAAUAUAAUUCCUUUCAAUGAAAUAAUUCAAUAAUUCCUUUCAAUCUUGGUUCAGGUUAAAUGUAACAAGGAGAAGGUCAUUAGUGCCAUACUCUUAAAAAAGGCCUGUUCCAGUAAAUGCAAUGUUAGCUGAGAUCAGCCAGGAAAAUUAGGAGGAGUUUGAGCAAAUAGACCACAAAAUUAAAAAGCGAGGGGAGGAAAAGGACAUAAAACAUAACAAAAAGGCCAGCAACCAGACAAAGAGCAAACCUACACAGAUGACAAAUAAAAGUGAUGGUACAAGCUAGAGAGGUAUAAUGGAAGACCAACCAACCAAGUUGGUCAGAGCAACCAACUUGAAAAAGGGUCCCAUACAACACAGCGCAGAGUUCCAUCUAACCAGGGAGCCCCUGGUGCUGACAGAAGUGUGAAUGAAGCAGAGUUCUUCAGAGGUCGAUAUUCCAAGCAGGUCCACGGAGCAUUUAGAAUGUGGAGAGAGAUGAAUGCCUCCAAGUGGAAUACUAGCAAGAGGGCACACCUUGCUAGAGGGGUUCUCUGAUCAUCAUUUUGCCAUGGUUGUUUUUGGCAUGAGUUGAGCACAGAACAACCAACAAUAAAAAAAAGAAGAUAUUCCUGCAAUAAACACCACAACAUGCAGCCUACCUUUUAUACCAUUCAAACGUUAUUAGGGACAACAUGAACGACCGACAAUAAUGGCAAACCUCUCAUCUCACAGUAGGUGGCAGUGUGGAAGUUAUUUAACUCGCCCAAACCUUACGCGUGACUAGAUCCGAAAGAAGAGGCUUUCUAAGCGGAGUGUUUUCGGAAGUUGCUGUGGCGACGUGAUGUGUCGUUAAAGACAGGUUAGCUAGCUAAGCUAAGCUUCUGAGAAGCGUGAAACGCUAGCUAGUUACACUAUCUAGACAGCUAAUUUAGUAACCAAAUUUACUGCACACGUUCCCGCUUGGACCUAAAGCCAAUCUGAAUUCGUGCAGUUUAGGUUAGUAAACGUUAUGCUUUUAGUUUACAUUACCCUAAGAGGUUGAUGAUGCAUUCGUACUAAGCUAGCUAAGACUCGCUAUCUAAAGUGGCUAUCUAACUCUUCUUCACUUAACUCUCCAGGCUGGCUAUAGAAUGCAGAAUGCUCCCGUCAGAGACUGUCCAGCUUCUGUGUCUCACCGCAUCCAGCGGCGUCCCGCUCUUCUCUCGCGGCUCCUGUAAGCAGCUCCCCUUCUCUGUCAUCGGCUCUCUGAAUGGGGUCCACAUGUUUGGGGCUGGGCAGGGUGCCCUGCUGUCCAGCUGCGAGACAGAGCGAGACAGCCGAGUGGCCUGGAGGGUCUUCCAGGACAGCCUGAUGCUCAUCGCUGUGAGCGGCACUGCGGGCGCCUCUAGCGAGCUGCACCUGCGCCGUCUGCUGGAGAACGCCUGGAACUGCAUGGUGCUGGUGCUCGGUCAGGACGAGCUGGCCAACGUGCGCAACGUGGAGCGGCUGAAGAGGGAGUUGCGAUCGUGCUACCGCCUAAUCGACAGGCUCCUUGAGCGUGGAGGCAAGGACCAGGGCUUCAUGGGCGACCUGACACACUGCGCCGACUGCCUGCUCCCCUCGCAGCCUGGGAUUCUCCAAGAGACAUUGGACUCCUUCACACGCGCUGCCGACAGUGAAUUUGGCUGCUUGCUUGUGCGCGGCCGGUUAGCCCUGGCUACUGACAAGUGGUGGCGCCUCGCUCCUCAAGAGGUCGUGCUGCUGUCUGCCCUGGUGAAUUCACUCUCUGGGACGACUUCCUGUGACUACCCCGUCUUCCUGCCUCAAGGCAGCCCCACAGUUGCCCACAGGCUGCUCUGCUUCCAGCUGCUCCCUGGGGUGGUGGCGUGUGUUCUGUGCGGGCCUAGCCCCUCCUUGCAGCGGGCGGAGAGCGAGCUGGUGGGCCGUUUUUGGUCCCCCGUGGUGGAGGCUCUGCGUGUCUGCCUGGAGCAGGCCGAGCGCUCCACCCUGCCUCCGUCUGUCCGCCUCCGCUGGGAUGUCGAAGCCCUGUUGAUUAUCAACCGCGAGUCACGCCGCGCUGUUGCGGUGUGCCCGCAUGCUCGUGGCCACACCCCCUCUGAGGUGCCACCCCUCUCCUCACCAGCUCACCGGUGGGAGCUUCUGCGUGCCUUCUACACCUUCGCGGUGACUCGGUAUUUUACCUCAGAGGAGCCUGUCGCCUUGCCCACGUCACCUCCCUCUGCGACUGCAGAACGACUCCACGAGGAGUUCUCCUUGGGCUUUACUCACCUCCCUGUGCAGUGUUACCUGGUGACUGAUGACUGUAAGUGUUAUGGCCUGCAGACUCCUCAGCACCAGCUCUUCCUCCUCACUGACCUCUCCGUCCCCACCUUCGCCCUGCGCACUGUCGCCACACACACUCUCAACGCCAUCUCUACGCCAACCGGCUUCUAGGGUGUGGAAGAAAUGUGCUUGUUGGUAUUCAGAUGGUUUCAGAUAGUAGGCUGUGGAAGGGUAAGACAUGCACACAUUAUUAUCGUGUGUACUGCAUGUUCGCUUCAAAUCAUCUCCUACAGUUGCAGUUUUGAGAAAAUUGAAAAAAUUUGAAAAAAUGUCAAAGGCCUGCUGACCUUCAUAUAAGCAUUACUGUGUGCCUUUUUGAAACACAUCAUUGACUGUUUUUUAUACAGCAGCUGAGUAAAGGUUAUUUAUUCUGUGACUACUAUUCUAUACCACUCGUAAUUUGACUCCUGUCAAAGGUUUUUUUGGCACUUGUUUUGUUUACUGUAAGUAUGCGAAUUGAAUACCAUUAUUGGAAAUGUUUACCAGUUUGACUCUUCCAAUCACAAACAUACAGAGUGUUUUGUCUAAACUACUGAUGGUCACCGAUGCAUGUAAAAGACAGGCACAAUGUAAAUUUAAUACAAAGGUAUCUUUACAGUAUGUCACAUUUGGAAGUGUGUUAUGAGUAGGUUUGAAUGUGUGUGUGUGUGUGUGUGUGUGUGUGUGUGUGUGUGUGUGUGUGUGUGUGUGUGUAUAUAAGGGUACGUGUAUUUGUCCUGAACUGUCAUGGUACACAGACUCUAGUUCGAUGCAUUCAGUUGUAAAGAGAGUACAUGGUAGCCUAUGUAUAAAGAUCGAUAAAUGUGAGUUCCACCCGAUAGCUUAAGCUGUUAGAAAGUUAGCAUCAGCUUAAGCUCAUUGGCAUAUGAGUCACACUUUGGCAAAUGCAAAUGACACCUGCUUCUUUCAAGUCACUUCUUACAAUUUCUGUCGGUACAGAGGUUGGAAAAUGUAGUGUUAGGAGUCUUGCCAAAUUAUGCUUAUUGGUAUAGCACAGCGCAUUUGCCCAGACAGGAGACUGAACUCUGGUACCCCCACAGGAGUGGCAAUGUCAUUACUCACUACACUGCCAGCAAACCAAUCACUGGAGCUAGACCAAAAAACCCCAAGCCAAAACCCAGGACUCGAACUCCUUCUCCUUCUUAUCAUCCCUACAUAAAAAUAUGACCUUGGUAAGAGUGUAUGUUCACCGUUUACGUUUGACAUUUUACUGUUUAAUACACUGCAAGCUGCAUCAUCUACCUCAGGGGCGACAACAUGACAUUAGGUGGAAUAAACUAACUUUCAUGUCUGUGCAAAAUAAAUAAAAAGAAACCUAGGCUUAAGCA